ACACGUGUUUCUGCUCGGACCCAAAUACUUGAUGGUAAAACCUGUGAAAUCAAAAUAGUCUCUGUUCUUUAGUCACAUUUCAAACACAAAUGUGGAGCUAAAUGGCAAGUAAAACGCGCAGUUGAUCGCACAGAUGCUGUGUGGUGUUUAGAUAACGUUAGUUGUCCCCAAUAUGCCUGUUGCUUUCUCAGUUAACGUCAUUUCGCCUUAACUCGACGGGACCUCGUAUCCAUCUCUGGCGGGAAAGUAGCGCUCGGCGUGGUGAACCAGCUUUAGUGACUUCAACAAGGCCAGUGCCUCUUCUCACUGGGGACUUAUUCCCUCAGUCCCCCCAGGCGUCAGGCAGAAGACUAUGAGCAAAGAGUCCAGGAUGAGGGCCACGGUGAACCAGAAGCUGACCGAGAUGGGGGAACGAGAGAGGCUGAAGGAGUUACUGAGGGCUAAGCUCGCCGAGUGUGGAUGGAAGGAUCAGAUGAAAGCUCACUGCAAAGAAGUGAUCAAAGACAAAGGCUUGGAGCACGUCACCUUGGAGGACCUGGUGGUCGAGAUCACCCCUAAAGGAAGAGCUUUGGUGCCGGACAGCGUCAAGAAAGAGCUCCUCCACAGAAUAAGAGCCUUCUUGGCUCAGCAUGCCACAUAGUCAUACUUUCUAAUAUUUCAACUUGCCUAUACUAUCAUGACAUGACAUGACAUAUACAUAUGUUUAGGGAAUUCAUUUAUCUAGAAUAUUCAGAGACA